AGCGUAAGGUGAGUUCGACCGUUAAGCUAUCCGCUCAGCAGUGGCUUCUCAGUACUGACGAGGCGUCUUGAAUUUCCCCGAUGUUGUCCUACGACGAGUUUUCCUCCUCACCUUCCAGCUCGCUGCACCGUGUCUCGGUCAACGUUGACGACGGACGGCCGGCCCGAGAAGCGGAGUGAUCGGCCUCAGGUGUCGACGAGCCGACGGCGACCAGCCCUCGGCGCUCUCCCCGCUGCCCACCCCACUUUGUUUAUCGGCGAGGCCUAGUCGCUCGUCUGUUUAGACGCCGGCGGCCUCUGCCAGAGUCGCGAUAGCCCUGGGAAAACUAUAAUUCAAUUUGAAAACACUUUCGCAUGCUAUCAUUUUUUCGCAUUUAACACAAUUUGUCCUCAUGGAAUAUGCACCGCCCAGGAAGAGUGGUGAGGUUUCCGUGUCCGGCGCAGUGACGCCGAGGAGGACGAGAAGAAGGAAGAACAUCUGCUCGUUCUACGGCCCUCCAGAAGGUGUGCCAAUCGGCACUAUUUUUGAAUCGAGGAGGGAUUUGUCGUUGGCGGGAGUGCACAGGCCGUUGAAAGGGACGUUGGACAUCAGUCAGCACGGUAUUGUAUCAGUCCUCGUCACCGAUGACAGCUUCAUCGUCGACAGUUGGAAACGUGUCGUAUACCAAGCCCCGCUCGUCAAAAACAACAGAAAGGAUCGAAGCCGUAGUGACAUCAAAGGAUUUUGGUCCUCGUAUCUGACCAAAUUUCCGAUUAGGCUGACCAGGAGCUUCAACCACAAAGGAGGUUUAGGACCUAUCCAAGGAUAUCGUUAUGAUGGGUUAUUUAAUGUAACGAGGUCUUGGAAGUGUAUCGUUGAUAGCGACUGGGUUUGCCAUAGAUUCGAACUCUUUUACGACCUCGAGAUUCAAAAAGACAUACCGGCCCCCUCUAAGAGUUUGAGGUCGUUCGGAGGUGCAAAUGCCAACUUAGACGAGGGGACAAACAUCGCCGGGAAAGACUGCUAUUUUUCCAGGUACAGGAUACAAGGGCGUAACAAUGAUCUCAAAGGGGCGAACGAUCGGCUAAUUUAUAGAGAGGUUCCAGACAGCGACGAUUUGUGUGAAACCUUUUAUCAUUUGACUAGAGAUCAACAACGACAAGAGACUGAGGAUCAUAUUGAUUGUAAGGAAGAAAAUCUCUCCGAUAGGGAAGAAAAUCUCUCCGAUAGGGAAGAAAAUCUCUCCGAUUGGGAAGAAGAGAGUGAGAUAGUGAUAGAAGAAAAUUAUUCUCUAGUCAAAUCUGAAACGUUCCCGAUACCGAAUACCAUAAAGAUAGAAAGCCUGGUAUCUGCUGAAAUAAGUGAGUUGACGCCCAUCAAAGAUCCUGAGACUGUUGAGCAGCCCUCACUCGAAGAAUCAGAAGAAGGGACUCUGAUCCAAGGUUACACUCUUGAUUCUGAAUUGUGGAAAGAAGAGGUUCAAGAGGACAACUCAGAUAUUGACAUCAGCGACGAAAACUCGAAUGAUAUUGUUUACUUCAACAUUGGCGGUGAGGAAAUCUCAGUUCCUGUGAUUUUCAAAAAACCCAGUUCAGAAGGAUCGACAGAUGAACAAAAAGAGAACGUCUCAGAAUCCGACGAUCUUUUGAAUUCAAUAGAAGACCAGGAAGUGAAUAUCUUGAACUUGUCGGUCGACGAUUUGGAAGACAUUGCUGGCCUGCAAGAAGAGGAGAUAAUUGUGGCCAUCUCAGUUGACGAUAAACUCGAAGACCCGAUCGGAACCAACGAUGCCUGUGAGAUAAACCUGCUGAAGGAAGAAUUCUGUGGUGGUGCAUCGACUUCCAAUGAGAAAAGGGAAUUCCCUCCAGAGGAAAAUCUGACUUGCCUGAAGUCUUUACAGGAAAAAUGUCAAAGCAUCGACUGCUACAAUGAAUCUAAGAAGAGAUUCAGAGAUUGGACAGGAGAGGAACAUAUAUUGAACAAGCUGGAGGAGAAAUACAGAUCGAUAAUACGUGUGUUUAUCCACUGGAAAUACUUAAAAGAACUGGAGAGAAAAAAUUGCAAAGUAUCCCAGGAGAAAGUGAUGGACGAAAGCCUGAUGGAGGCGAAUUUCAAUGAUUUUCCAUCUUUGCUUGAUGAAGAUUAUUCAUCGCAGACGAGCAAGUUUGCUGUUUUCAAUCAGAGCGAUGAAAACAUCCCGAAUACAGAUGAGCUGAUUCAAGACCUUGCUGUCGAGGACGAAGAGGUCCUCACCUUUCCAAUUUACCACUCGUUGCCUGCAGAAGGCUGCAUAACAGAAGGACAGCGUUGUGUUUACGAUAUGACGUUUAGAGAAGUGAUGAAUCUCAUUACAAACCAGACGUCCUGCCCUUGCUCUUGGCACGACAAAUUCCCGCUCCUCGCUCAAGAGAUGAAAUCCCUGGCAAGUUUCAUAAUAGGGAACGAAGACAAAAACGACAGCAAGUUAGUCAAUGCGAGUAAAUCCUCUUCGCACCUGCUCGAAGUCAUAAAAAACAUAAUGGAAGAGAAGAAGCCAGUACUUGAGAAUAAAUUGAUCCAGAAGUCUCUCAACAACAAGAAGAUUAAGACAAACAGACAAGAAAAUGAAUACGUUCCGCAGAAUGAAUGGGAUGAGCUUCAUUCGAACGUGCCGUUCCGAGAUCAGUGUUUCGGGCUGAACGCGAAUAAAAAAUCCUUUGAAGACCUCCUCUCGGAACUUCUCAACGAUCUCAAAGCGAUAAUCAAAAAUGAAGCGCCGCUCCUGUGUGAGAAGAACUGCAGAGGUAAACUGAAGAUGCCGUCGAAGAAAAACAGAAAACGGGGCCAGGCAGUCGUCAGUUACACACCGCCGACGUCACCAGAAGACUUUUUGGGUUUCACAGGGCGUUCUAUUGAUCAAUCGGAUUGGAACAGGACUGUCCAUGACAGUUUCGCACAGGAAGACACAUUCCUUGGAUGGGACAAAAACAAAAUAUCCAAAAUCCGACUCACCCAACACAAACAAUUUCUGUGUAAACGAUCAGACAAUAACAACAAUUAAAACAAACUCUGUGACUGA